AAUAAGUGGUUUACGUUUUUUAAUCAACAAAUAUUAUAUAGUUUUAGAUUUUAGGCAUUUGUUUGUACUAAAUUUAUAGGCAAGACUAUUCGAGGGCAAGAAAAUAUUGUACUCGUUGAAAAAAAUAAUUUUAACACAUGUUGUCAUGUUACAUACAGUAACAGCUCAAAUGAUAUGAAUUAACCAUCUACAUAAAUUUAGUAUCCCUAAUAAAAAUGCUAAAACAAGGCUUGUUGUUUACACGAAUUCAUAAAAUGACACUGAUUGCACAGGAUUACAUUAUAAACAGAUGAGAAACCAGACUAAGUCAGUCUGUACUUAAAACCACUUUUAAAUAAAUAAUAAACCGAGUGUUUAGUCAUAAUUUCCUGCACCAGCGCGAGCGAGAUUACAGUGUGCGCGCGCCUCCCGCCGCAGUAACGGACGCGCUCGAGCUCCUUAUUUAAAACACGAUAAAAAAAUACAAAAUUUGAAGCCAGAUUUCAGAUUCAUAACCUUUCGAAGAUUCAAAACACGUCAGUAUCGCGGUGUUUGUGUUUUUAUCAGGCGUUUGAAUGGAGGAGCAGACUGUAAACCAACUUGACAACCUGCUGUUUCAGCUAGGUAUAGAAACUCGAGAACUUGGUCAGAGGAGAGAUGACGUCAAACAGCAAAUCCAAAUCUUUGAGUCCAGCAUUCAGGAGAAGAAGGAUUAUAUUAACACGACCCAGAAGACCGUCAGAAAACUCGAUGAAGACAUUCAGCAGAAACAGGCCACGGUGAAGUUUAUCAGAGAAAACACUAAAAAUCACCAGCAAACUGGAAGUCUUUUACUUCAGUAUGAAAAGACAUUGGAAGCUGAGCUAGAGAAGAGACGGGACAGCUAUAAUCAAGACAUGACGAUAUUCCAGGAGAGAAUCGAGAGCUACAGGAGUGUGUUUCAGCAGCAUAAGGACAGAUACUGUAUGAGCUCACUGGCUCAAAAACUGCUGCAGGUUCAAGCGAAGAAUGAGGAGAUCGAGAAGAGAAUCCGAGUAACCGAGAGCCAAAUAACAGAGAAAGAGAGAGAACUGACCGCUGCACUGGGUGUGGAUGACCCAGUCGCUCUCUCUAAAGCUGCUGAAUGUAACCGUCAAGAAAACGAAGCCCUACAAACUGACAAUAAUGAGGAAGUGGAUUGUCACCAAGACCCAGAAAUGCAGACGGCUGCAGAAGACGGCAGUGAUCCCACAAUGAUUGUCGAAGAGUUUUCGGAAGAGAAACCGAGUAAAACAGCAGGCAGCGAAGACAUGAGUGAAUGUGACACAGAGAUGUUUCACUACAGCUCAUGGCAGAAGACGGACAGUGCUGGAGAUCAAAUCAAUGAAGGCGGUCAGAAGCAGUCAGAGGAGGUGAACGAACAGGUGAAGACUUCCAGUGGCUCUGAGGUCACAGUAGAGACAUUAGAAGAGAACGGUGGAGGUGACGUAGACAAGACUAAAGCAGAUAUUCUGGAGGACACAACUAGUGAGGGUGUCAUCUGUCCACCUCCUUCACCUGCUAGAAUGAAAGCUGUGCUGACCACACCAACCUUCUCAUUAAACAACAGUCCUGUCGGCUCACCCGGACGACCUGACAUCUCAGAAUCCAAGUCCCCUGCUUUCGUUUUCUCUGUGAAUUCUGCUCCGAGCACGCCGGCGUUCUCUAGACUGGCCUGUGAUUUUGACAUGGGCUCAACAGCAGAAGAGGCGUCACCAUUUACCUUUACGAGCUCCUACUUCAGCGACAAGAAGUCACCAGGAUCAGGAGCAAAGUUCUCAGGUUUUCUGUUCGAUGAAGGUGAGAAUCAUCAGGAGGAGUUUUCCUUCUCAUUCAGCAGUGACAGCACACAGCAAAACUCCUCAACACAACAGACUGAAGGACCGGAUGAUUCCUUUCCCUUCACAUUCAGCUUCAGUUAAUUAUAACCUCAUGACUCUAAAUCUCAUUCUGUUAGUAGAAAUCUCUUCAUAUGUCUGUUAGAUCGGAUGCUUUGUUUGUU